AUGCCACUGAGGUUCUUUCAUGGUGUCGAUAGGCUUUGGAGUCUGGAUAGGGAAGGUUUCAGCUAUGUUCUGAAGUCUUGUAGCAAAACUAAGCAAUUGUGGAUAUUGGAGCCAUUGGAUCCAAAUAUUUUCACUCUGAAAAGGGUUACACUCCCAGAGUCAGAGCUAGUGAACAGUUUGGAAAAUCUCUUGCACUCUGAUUCCUUUUCAGAGAGCCUGUGGUUUCCAGAAAUGUGGAGGGCUGUGAUUGGCUUGCAUCAUCUUUUCAGACAUAAAACAUAUACUAUAAGAAGACGCGUUCAGGCCAUCAGGAUCCAUUAUUUCUUUGACACAGCAACAUACAAAGAUGAUAUUGCUGUGUUUCAUCUAAGCAAACCUAUCACAUUUAAUUCCUAUGUUCAGCCUGUCUGCUUGCCUAACUUUACUCUUGCCUUGACGUCUGAUAUGACAUGUUUUAUAAGUGGGUGGGGAAUGAAAAAAGAAAAAACUAGAGGCAGCUUCACAUUACAAGAAGCACAGCUAAGAAUUUUUUCACUAGACAUUUGCAAUCGAUAUGACUGGCAUGCAGGAUCAGUACCAGAUACUGCUUUUUGUGCUGGCUCUGAAACUGGGGGUGUUGAUACCUGUCAGGGAGAUAGUGGUGGACCUCUGGUAUGUUUAUCAGACUCUAAAUACUACAUUGUAGGAAUCACCAGCUAUGGUAUUGGCUGUGGCCGACCAAAAUUUCCAGGAAUUUACACUAAUUUGCCUAAGUUCAUGUUUUGGGUGAAAAGACAACUUAGCGAAACCAACACUGUGAGGAUUCAACAUGUUCUUUAUUUGGCUGUGGUGUGGAACAUUUUCCAACUAAUUGUAUGAAGCAGCAAACUUGCUUUUUGACAUGCUAUAAAUAUGUCAGAUUGUUUUUUAAAUACAGUGAAUCCUCUUACAAUCUCAUUAUUUCUGAAAAAAAUAUUAUUUAACAAUAGUUUAUCAUUUUAAUUUGCUCAUCGAUAUAUUAAAGCAUGUAUUUUCAUCUGUAAA